AUAGUACCUAAUAUAUUAUAUGAAAAUAUGAAUUUAUUAAAAAUUUUAUGUAUUUUAGGUGAAAUUAUAAUAUGUUUUAAGUACAUAACCAUAAACCGCGUAUGUGUAGAAAGCUAGAAUCUGCAAUCGGCUUGUGUUUGUAGUCGAUUCGGUUAUAAUCCUUGGCGCUGUGUGGACAUGAAAAUGUCGAAGUUGAAAAGCCCUAUGAGCGAUGAGCGCAAGCGCGUUAGGCAUAAUACAAGAGCAAGAAGGAGCUACGAUUAUUUAUUAUUGUUUAUGUUUACAUGUGAUGUUUACAUAUUGCCAAAGCCAAGUGGCCAAAGUAUCAAUAAAAUCAAAUGGAAGUUAAACAAGAAGUUAGUGAAGAAACGUGUAAAAUAGAAAUAGAGAAUAAUGACGUGAAUGAUGCUCUUUUGGAUAACGUUAAAACUGAGAUUAAGGAAGAACCCCAGACGGAAAUUACACAUGAUUCAUUUGAUUAUUUAAACUUGGGGGAAUAUCCUUUAAAGACAGAAACAGAAUGUGAUGAAGAUAAACUCUGUCUGCUUCAAGUAAAACAAACAAAUGAAGGUUUCUCCCAGAAAAAAAUAUUGGAAAUAGAUGUUACAAAGAGGUUACCUGCAUGUAAUCAAAUAACUCAUAAUCUUGAAGAAACAACAUUCAAAAAUCCUAUUUGCGCUAAAGAUUUCCCUUACAAUAAUGAUUUAAAGGAACAAUCGAAAGAACAAAGUGGGGAAGGAUGUAACAAAUGUAAAACAUGUUUUAAGGAGUUUACUACAGCAUAUAAACUGAAAAGACAUUUACGAACACAUACUGAAAAGAAGCUUUAUACCUGUGAAAUUUGUUUAAAGCAAUUUACUAGAACACAUAGUUUACAAAUUCAUUUGAGAGUGCACACUGGAGAAAAACCUUAUAAGUGCGAAAUUUGUUGUAUGGAGUUCACCGGGAAACAAUUUUUGGAUAGACAUAAAGUGAGAAUGCACACUGCAAAAAAACCUUACGAGUGUGAAAUUUGUUUAAGGCAAUUUUGUGAGUCACUUGCUUUAAAGAGGCAUUUGACAGUCCACACUGGCGAAAAAGCUUACAAAUGUGAAAUUUGUUCCUUGCAAUUUAGUGCAGCCACUAAUUUGACAAAACACAGGAGGGUGCACAGUGGACAAAAGCCUUACAAGUGUGAUAUUUGUUUCAUGCAGUUUAGUGAAAUAGGGAAUUUGAAAAAACAUUUGAGAGUGCACACUGGAGAAAAGCCUUAUAAGUGUGAAACGUGUUCUAUGGAGUUUACUCAAGCAGGUUCUUUGAAGAAGCACUUGAAGGUUCACACUGGAGAAAAGCCUUACAGUUGUGAUAUAUGUUUAAAGCAGUUUAGUGAAACAGGAAAUUUGAUGAAGCAUUUGAGAGUGCACACUGGGGAGAAGCGUUACAACUGUGAAAUUUGUUUGAAGCAGUUUACUCGAGCAGGUACUUUGAAAGAUCAUAUGAGAUCUCAUGCUGGAAAGAAACCUUGGAAGUAUAAAAUUUGUUGUAUGGAGUUCACUGGGAAACAAUUUUUGUAUAGAAAUCCACGACGAAAAUAAAAUUUCUGUAGCUGGCUAUAUACCAAAAAUCACAAAAACAUACUGGAUCCUUUGUAAAAGGUAUGUUUAAAAGACGCAAUAAAGGUUACAUCACAUUAACAAAACGUUUUCGGAUUAACAAAUAAUCCAUCGUCAGUGUUAAAAGCCCUAAAAUAAUAAGUAUAACCUAACUAAUGAAGGAAAAUGUAAGAAGUUGACUAAGGUUGAGAAUUGCCAGAGGUCAUACUUACAAUAGAAUGCAUACGUGAGCCACCAAAAUGUUAUGGGUAAAAACCCUUUAAAUGUUACAAGAUCUUAAAUGGUACUACCUGGAUGGAUGCUGGAAAAAGACAUUAGAAGUGUGAAAUUUGUUGCAUGGAGUUCACUGGGAAACAAUUUUUGUAUAGAAAUCCACGAGGAAAAUAAAAUUCCUGUAGCUGGCUGUAUACCAUAAAUCCUGUACCCGGCUUUGUAAAAGGUAUAUUUAAAAGACCCCAUAAGGGUUACAUCGCAUUAACAAAACGUUUUUGGAUUAACAAAUAAUCCAUCAUCAGUGUUAAAAGCCCUAAAAUAAUAAGUAUAACCUAACUAAUGAAGGAAAAUGUAAAAAGUUGACUAAGGUUAAGAAUUGCGGGGGGUCGUACUUACAAUAGCAUGCAUGCGUGAGCCACCAAAAUGUUAUGGGUAAAAACAAUUUAAAUGUUACAAGAUCUUAAAUGUUACUACAUAUUGUUAAUAAAAAUAUUGUAUGUUGCAAAUAUUCCUGGAUAUUAUCCAGGGCAACACAGGACUCUAAACCACGUGGCUGUAAUGUGAAAGGGAUGAACCUCACAUAUUGAGAGUUGAAUGUCAACUAAAGUUAAAGGAACUUUAGAAGAAUGUCAAAAACAAACUGUCAAUGCAACGUUAUGAACUGUUGUUUUGUUACUUCAGCCAAAGAAUUUUGUAGUAAAAUGGCGUAUUUUGAAAAAACGUUGACUUUUUUUUAAUGGAACACCCAGUAUAUUUUUUUUGUAAAUUGAAAGAACGGUCAUUCAGCUAUCCAGCGAUAUAAAGUUUUUUAAAAUCGGUUGUUAAAUGACUGAGUAAUUAAUUUUUAAAAUAAGAGGUGCAACGUGGAUAUCACAUAACUAAAUAACACAACUAAGCAAAUUCAUAUUAUUAUAUGUGAUUUCCACAUUUCAUCUCUCAUUUUAAAAAUUAAUUGCUCAGUCAUUCGACAACCGCUUUUAAAAAACUUUAUAUCCCUGGAUAGGUAAAUGACCGUUUUUUCAAUUUACAAAAAAAAUAUACUGGGUGUUUUAAUAAAAAAAGUCAACGUUUUUUUUUUCAAAAAUCCGCCAUUUGUUAUUUAAAAGCGAUAUAAAAAAUUUAAUCCAUUCAAUCAAAACUUUUACUAAAAUAAAACAUUUCAGCGCAAACCGCAUAUUUCUAUCUUGAGCCGUUUAGAAGUUAUAUGCAGUUAAAAUGGGGGAAAAUAUAAGUGGAUACCCGGUAUAACCUAACUAAUGAAGGAAAAUGUAAAAAGUUGUCUAAGGUUAAGAAUUGCCAGAGGUCAUACUUACAAUAGCAUGCAUGCGUGAGCAACCAAAAUGUUAUGGGUAAAAACCCUUUAAAUGUUACAAGAUCUUAAAUGUUACUACAUAUUGUUAAUAAUAAUAUUAGAUGUUGCAAACAUUCCUGGAUAUUAUCCAGGGCAAAACAGGACUCUAACCCACGUAGCUCUAAUAUGAAAGGGAUGAACCUCGUAUAUUGAGGGUUGAAUGUCAACUAAAGGUAAAGGAACUUUAGAAGUAUUUCAAAGACAAACUGUCAAUGCAACGUUAUGAACUGUUGUAUUGUUACUUUUUACUGUUUACUAUUGUUACUGUUGUCUUUUAAAUAUACCUUUUACAAAGGAUCCACUAUUUUUUUUUGGAUUUUUGGAUAGAAUGCACACUGCAAAAAAACCUACGAGUGUGAAAUUUGUUUAAGGCAAUUUUGUGAGUCACAUGCUUUAAAAAGGCAUUUGACAGUCCACACUGGCGAAAAAGCUUACAAAUGUGAAUUAGUGCAGCCACUAAUUUGACAAAACAUAAGAGGGUGCACAGUGGACAAAAGCCUUACAAGUGUGAUAUUUGUUUCAUGCGGUUAAGUGAAACAGGAAAUUUGAAAAGGCAUUUGAGAGGGCACACUGGAGAAAAGCCUUAUAAGUGUGAAACUUGUUUUAUGCAGUUAACCUACUCAAGCAGGUUCUUUGAAGAAGCACUUGAAUGUCCAUACUGGAGAAAAGCCUUACCGUUGUGAUAUUUGUUUAAAGCGGUUUAGCGAAACAGGAAAUUUGAUGAAGCAUUUGAGAGUGCACACUGGGAGAAGCGUUACAAUUGUGAAAUUUGUUUGAAGCAGUUUACUCGAGCACGAAAGAUUAUAUGAGAUCUCAUACUGGAAAGAAACCUUCUCCUUCUUAAGGUUCCUUCUCCAUUACUGAAGAUUGGCUCUAACUACAGCAAAUUAAUCUCCAUCUUGAGCGGUUCUUAGUAUCGAAUGUGUGUCCGUGCCUGUCCAGUCUCUUACGGACUUCAGCCAGGAGCAUUUUCUUCUUCCUGGACCUCUUCUUUCUUCCACUUUCCCUUCCAUUAUGAAUCGUAAAAAGUUGUAUCUUUCUCCUCUGUAAAUAUGUCCUUGAUAACUCGUUUUUCUUUUUUUUACAAUAUUUAGGAGUUCUCUCUCAGUUCCCAUUCUUCUUAGCACCUUGUUGUUGGUCACGUGCUCUGUCCAAGAGAUCUUCAGCAUCCUUCGGAAAUCACACGUCUCAAACGCUUCUAUACGCCCUAUACUUGUAAUUCCGAGAGCAAUAUGGAAUAAAUGAAUGUUUUUACAAAUUGGUAUCGGAUAUCCAACGAUAAGGUAGCGUUUACAAGGAAUCUUCAUUCUUUGAAAAGCGGACCUAGCAUACUCUAUACGAGCACCUAUUUCGACCUCAUGGUCUAGAUCGUUUGUUAUCCAGCAACCAAGAUACUGGAAUCUUUGUACGGGUUCUAUUUGUUUGUUAUAGAUACAAAAAUUAAUGUCGACAUUUGGUGCACGUGUGACAGCCAUUACUUUUGUUUUAUAUGUGUUUAUAUUCAGCCCCAAGCUAUCUCACUCCCUGUUUAUGAAAUUAAAAAGUCGUUGCAAACCCUCAGCACUGUCCACAAGAAUAACGGUGUCGUCUGAAUAUCUUAAAUUGUUUGUGUUUUAUCCGUUGAUUUUUUAUUCCUUUAAUAUUUUCGAGGGCAUUUUGAAAGAUUUUUUCGGAAUAUAUAUUAAAUAAUAGUGGAGAAAGUACACAGCCCUGACGAACUCCUCUUUUUAUUGACAUUUCUGCUGUUAGACGAUUGUUAGACAGUAUAGGUUUUUAAUAAGGACCACAUUGUUAUGGUCUAUAGUCUAUACCAUGUUUCGUUAGGGUUUCUAUGAGUUCUGUGUGUUUUACUCGAUCAAACGCUUUUUCAUAGUCGAUAAAACAGAGAAACACGUCUUUUCGCUGAUCUCGGCAUUUCUGUAGUAAUAUCUGGAGGCCAAAUAUUGCCUCCCUCGUACCAGGCCCAAGACCAAAUUGAUUGUCACUCACGUUUCUCUCACAUUCUCUGUAUAUAUGUUGAUGUACAAUUUUGAGUAAAAUUUUCAGAAAAUGGCUCAUCAGGUUAAUUAAUCUGAACUGUGAGCAUCUACACUGCGGUGCAAAAAAAUGGAUCCACUAAAAAUUUGGUCAUCUUUGAUGUUGUGAAUUUCCUAAACCUGUUGUCCGAUUUAAGUGAUUUUUUACCACGUUAUAGCCUCAUUCAUUGACAAUAUCGCUGUAAUAAUAUUGUUGCUAGACAGUUAAACUGUCAUUGUAUACCGUGUGUACGAAUCAAACUGUGUUUUUUUCUCAAAGUUCGCAUCACCCUGUGGACUAUUCUAGCAUUUAUAAAAUACUGAAAUUAAAACCCAACUAUAGCCUCAGGUUUUCGUAACAUUUAGUCUUUCGAUUCAUUCGCUUAUGUUGGAUAAUAAAAAAGUUAUGUACUUGUAACAACUGGCCAUGUUCGUCAUCAGUACAGGGUGUUUCUAAAUAAGUGCGACAAACUUUAAGAGGUAAUUUUACAUGAUAAAAUAUUGACAAUUUUCUUUAUAAUCAUAAGUCCGCAAAAGCUUCAUUCCGAGAUACGGGAUGUUCAACUUUUUUUUACAAACUGACGAUUUAUUUACUUCUUUAAAACCAGUUGAUAUAUGCAAAUCAAAUUUGGUGGGUUUUAAGACGUAGUUAUUGCACAUUUUUUGACAUACAAUUAAGAAUUUUAUGUUCACCAUUGGCGUGCGUACGGGUAAUUUUAUCGGUCAUAAUACCCCUUUGCGCGCCAAUGGUGAAUAUAAAAUUCUUAAUUGUAUGUCAAAAAAUGUGCAAUAACUACGUACUAAAACCCACCAAAUUUGAUUUGCAUAUCUCAACUGGUUCUAAAGCGAUAAGUAAAUCGUCAGUUUGUAAAAAGAAAUUGGACAUCCCGUAUCUCGGAAACGAAGCGUUUUGCGGACAUAUGAUUAUAAAGCAAAUUGUCAUUAUUUUAGAUUAUCAAAGCAAAAUUAUCCAAGAAGUUUGAUCUAUCGGAAUCGACGGUCAGAACAAUUAUAAAGGACAAGGAAAAAAUUCUCGAAGCUGUAAAAAGUGCACAAUCUUUGAAUUCCGCCAUCGUACGUACACGUCAUGGUAUUAUCGCCGAGAUGGAGACAAUGUUAAAAUUAUGGUGUGAUAAUCAGGUGAAUGUGAAAAAUUGUCCUAUUGACCAGAACACAGUAAGCUCUCAAGCUAAGCUAAUUUUUGAGAGAUUGAAAGAGGAUGCUGGAGAAAUCGCUAAAGAUGAAGAGUUUAAAGCUAGUAAUGGUUGGUUCAGCCGAUUGAAAAGUCGCUGUAAUUGGCAUAGCAUUGCAGAAAGCGGAGAGGCGGCAAUUGCUGAUAAAGAGGCCGCGUCUGGCUAUCCACAGAAAUUAAAAGCUAUAAUAGAUGAAUCUGGCUACACCAAACAAACCAUAUUCAAUGUAGAUGAGACUGGCCUGUUCUGGAAGAAGAUGCCUAAGAGAACUUUUAUCGCACGCGAAGAGAAAACCUUUCCAGGUUUUAAGGCUGCCAAAGAUCGAUUGACGGUGAUGGUUGGGGCAAGUGCAGCUGGUGAUUGCAAGUUAAAACCACUCUUAGUUUAUCAUCGCUCAGAAAAUCCAAGAGCAUUAAAAAAUAAAUCUAAAUCUGGCUUGUCUGUGAUUUGGAAGUCUAAUCGUAAAGCUUGGAUGACAGCUUCCCUUUUUGAGGAUUGGUUUGGUAAUCAUUUCAUACCUGAAGUCGAACGUUAUUGUCAAUCAAAACAAAUUCCAUUUAAAGUAAUGCUAAUCAUCGACAGUUGAAUUUUUGCCACCUAAUACAACCAGCUUACUUCAACCAAUGGAUCAAGGAGUCAUUAAAACAUUCAAGGCUUAUUACACCAGAUGAUCAUUUGCACAUUUGCAUGAAGUUAUAAGAGAAAACCACGAGCUCUCUGUUAAAGACUUUUGGAAACAAUUUAACGUUUUAGAUGCAGUGGCGAAUCAUUGGACAAUCUUGGAAUAAAGUUUCGCAAAAAACGUUGAAUGGCGUCUUGAAAAAACUGUCCUUUUUUUCAUCACUGACACUGAAAUGGAAUUGAUGCCAGAGCCUGGUGAAAUUGGUAAUGCUAUUAAAGAAGUUGUUGGUAUCACCCUGAAAAUAAAUUUAGAAGUUGAUAGUGAUGACGUUGAAGAACUGUUGAAUUCCCAUAAUCAGAAGAUGACAAUAGCUAGAUGACCUCAUAGAAAUGCAUGAACAAGAACAAGACAUUGAAGAGCUUGAGUGUUUGGAUCCAGUUCAAUCUGAGGAUCAAAUGGCGGUUGGAAACUUACUUGACUGAAGGCAUCAGUUUAAUUGAAAAGGGGUUAACAAUUUUAGAAAAUAUAGACCACAACGAACAACGCAUUUCUUCUGCCAAACAAGGGAUAAAAAAAUUAUUAGCCUGCUAUGAAGAAAUUUUUCGGGAGAAAAAAUCUUUGAGCUGUCAAACUACUUUGUUAGAUUUCAUGAAGCCUUCUACAUCAAAAUAAAUUAAAUUGGGAAUUGUAUAUUUGUAUAAUAUACUAAGAUUUAAAUAAAAAAAAUUUGUGUAAA